CCCAGUCUGUGUGGCCCGGUGACCUGCAAGUUUUGGGAGAUCCACAGCUAAGACGCCAGGACCCACUAGGAAACCCAGAAAUGGGACCACUGACAUUUAUGGAUGUGGCCAUAGAAUUUUCUCUGAAAGAGUGGCAAUGCCUGGACACUGCACAACAGAAUUUAUAUAGAGAUGUGAUGUUAGAGAACUACAGAAACCUGGUCUUUCUCGGUAUUGCUUUCUCUAAGCCAGACCUGAUCACCUAUCUGGAGCAAGGAAAAGAGCCUUGGAAUAUGAAGAGACACGAGACUGUAGCCAAACCCCUAGUUAUGUGUUCUUAUUUUGCCCAAGACCUUUGGCCAGAGCAGAACAUAAGAAGUUCAUUUCAAAAAGUGAUACUGAGAAGAUAUGGAAAAUGUAGAGAUGAGAAUUUACCACUAAGAAAAGACUGUAAAAGUGUGGAUGAUUGUAAAAUGCACAAAAGAGUUUAUGAGAAACUUAACAAAUGUUUGACAGCUACCCAGAGCAAAACAUUUCUAUGUUAUAAAUCUGUAAAUGUCAUUUACAAAUUUUCAAAUUCAAAUAGAUGUAAGACAAGACAUCCUAAAAAGAAAUCUUUUAAAUGUAGCAAAUGUGACAAAUCAUUUUGCAUGCUUUCACAUCUAAUUCAACAUAAAAUAAUUCAUACUAGAGUGAAUUCCUACAAAUGUGAAGAAUGUGGCAAAGCCUUUAACCAGUCCUCAUACCUUACUACACAUAAGAUAAUUCAUACUGGAGAGAAACCAUACAAAUGUGAAGAAUGUGGCAAGGCUUUUAAGCACCCAUCAACCCUUAGUAAACAUAAGAGAAUUCAUGGUGGAGAUAAUUCCUGCCAAUGUGAAGAAUGUGGAAAAGCUUUUAAGCAAUUAUCAAACCUUAAUAACCAUAAGAGAAUUCAUACUGGAGAGAAACCCUACAAAUGUGAACAAUGUGGAAAAGCUUUUAAUCACUCCUCAACCCUUAGGAAACAUAAGAUAAUCCAUAGUGGAGAAAAACCCUACAAAUGUGAAGAAUGUGGCAAAGCUUUUAAUUGCUCAUCAAUCCUUAGGAAACAUAAGAUAAUCCAUAGUGGAGAAAAACCCUACAAAUGUGAAGAAUGUGGCAAGGCUUUUAACCACCCAUCAACCCGUAGUAAACACAAGAGAAUUCAUAGUGAAGAUAAACCCUACAAAUGUGAAGAAUGUGGAAAAGCUUUCAAGCAGUUAUCAAACCUUAAUAACCAUAAGAGAAUUCAUACAGGAGAGAAACCCUUCAAAUGUGAAGAAUGUGGCAAAGCUUUUAACCAGUUAUCAACCCUUACUAAACAUAAGAGAAUUCAUACUGGAGAGAAACCCUACAAAUGUGAAGAAUGUGGGAAAGCUUUUAAGCAGUCAUCAACCCUUACCAAACAUAAGAGAAUUCAUAGUGGAGAGAAGCCCUUCAAAUGUGAAGAAUGUGGCAAAGGCCUUUGUGACUCCUCAUCCCUUACUAUAUGUAAGAGAAUUCAUAGUGGAGGAAAACCCUACAUGUGUGAAGAAUGUGGCAAAGGCUUUUGCAAGUCCUCAUCCCUUACUACACAUGAGGGAAUUCAUAGUGGGGAAAAACCCUACAAAUGUGAAGAAUGUGGCAAAACUUUUAACCACCCAUCAAACGUUAGUAAACAUAAGAGAAUUCAUAGUGGAGAUAAACCCUACAAAUGUGGAAAAGCUUUUAAGCAGUUAUCAAACCUUAAUAACCAUAAGGGAAUUCAUUUUGGAGAGAAACCCUUCAAAUGUGAAGAAUGUGGCAAAGCUUUUAACCAGUUAUCAACCCUCACUAAACAUAAGAGAAUUCAUACUGGAGAGAAACCCUACAAAUGUGAAGCAUGUGGGAAAGCUUUUAAGCAGUCAUCAACCCUUACCAAACAUAAGAGGAUUCAUAGUGGAGAGAAACCCUUCAAACGUGAAGAAUGUGACAAAGCUUUUAACCAGUUUUCAAACCUUACUACACAUAAGGGAAUUCAUAAUGGAGCGAAGCCCUUCAAAUGUGAAGAAUGUUGCAAAACUUUUAACCAGUUUUAUAAACUUACUGUACAUAAGAGAAUUCAUAAUGGAGAGAAUCCCUACAAAUGUGAAGAAUGUGGAAAAGCUUUUAAUCACUCCUCAGUCCUUAGGAAACAUAAGAUAAUCCAUAGUGGAGAAAAACCCUACAAAUGUGAAGAGUGUGGCAAAGCUUUUAAUCGCUCAUCAGUCCUUAGGAAACAUAAGAUAAUCCAUAGUGGAGAAAAACCCUACAAAUGUGAAGAAUGUAGCAAGGCUUUUAAUCACCCAUCAACUCUUAGUAAACAUAAGAGAAUUCAUAGUGGAGAUAAACCCUACAAAUGUGAAGAAUGUGGAAAAGCUUUCAAGCAGUUAUCAAACCUUAAUAACCAUAAGAGAAUUCAUACUGGAGAGAAACCCUUCAAAUGUGAAGAAUGUGGCAAGGCUUUUAACCAGCUGUCAACCCUUACUAAACAUAAGAGAAUUCAUACUGGAGAGAAACCCUACAAAUGUGAAGAAUGUGGGAAAGCUUUUAAGCAGUCAUCAACCCUUACUGAACAUAAGAGAAUUCAUAGUGGAGAGAAAUCCUUCAAAUGUGAAGAAUGUGGCAAAGGCUUUUGUGACUCCUCAUCCCUUAUGACACAUAAGAGAAUUCAUAGUGGAGAGAAACCCUUCAAAUGUGAAGAAUGUGGCAAAGGCUUUUGUGACUCCUCAUCCCUUAGGACACAUAAGAGAGUUCAUAGUGGAGAAAAACCCUACAAAUGUGAAGAAUGUGGCAAAGGUUUUUGUAACUCCUCAUCCCUUGCUACACAUAAGGGAAUUCAUAGUGGGGAAAAACCCUACAAAUGUGAAGAAUGUGGCAAAGCUUUUAACCACCUAUCAACCCUUACUAGACAUAAGAUAAUUCAUAGUGAGGAAAAACCCUACAAAUGUGGAGAAUGUGGGAAAGCUUUUAAUGACCCAUCAACCCUUAGUAAACAUAAGAGAAUUCAUAGUGGAGAUAAACCCUACAAAUGUGGAGAAUGUGGAAAAGCUUUUAAGCAGUUGUCAAACCUUAAUAACCAUAAGAGAAUUCAUAGUGGAGAUAAACCCUACAAAUGUGAAGAAUGUGGAAAAGCUUUUAAGCAGUUGUCAAACCUUAAUAACCAUAAGAGAAUUCAUACUGGAGAGAAACCCUUCAAAUGUGAAGAAUGUGGCAAAGCUUUUAACCAGCUAUCAACCCUUAUUAAGCAUAAGAGAAUUCAUACUGAAGAGAAACCCUACAAAUGUGAAGAAUGUGAGAAUGCUUUUAAGCAGUCAUCAACCCUUACCAAACAUAAGAGAAUUCAUAGUGGAGAGAAGCCCUUCAAAAGUGAAGAAUGUGGCAAAGGCUUUUGUGACUCCUCAUCCUUUACUACACAUAAGGUAAUUCAUAGUGGAGAGAAACCCUUGAAAUGUGAAGAAUGUGGCAAAAGCUUUUGUGACUCCUCAUCCCUUACUACACAUAAGAGAAUUCAUAUGCGGUGGCUCACACCUGUAAUUCCAGCACUUUGGGAGGCCGAGGCAGGCGGAUCACGAGGUCAGGAGUUCGAGAUCAGCCUAGCCAACAUAGUGAAACCCUGUCUCUACUAA